GAUGGAUAUUGAGGCAAUUGCACAGAUUGCAGGUCUGCUCAAGCAUCUCACGGAGCAGCAGCAAAUAAUCAUGCAGAAGCAGCAGCAGAUCCUUCUCAGCACCAGUUGCAUUCAUCUUGCAAUGGAGGCACGAGGCUUCAGACCAACUGCUGACUCCGCGAUGUUCCCCUCAACGUUCUGCCAGCAGGCUAGCUACCAGCAAGCUAACCUUGCUAAUGCCAGCCCGACGGGAUUUCUAGGACUUUUGCAUUCGCCCAGUCAAGAACCAGGGUUGGGGUUACAAGGUAGAUGUAGCACAAUGUUCGAGGCAAGGAGCACUCAUUCGUCAGGGAGUGAAGACGGGCUUGCAGGAGGUCAAAGAGGAAGCUUGCAACAGAACAUAAUGGCGACAGACAGUGUAAUCGGCUUGCGAUCGGCGCAUCAACUUGCAGCGGAACUUGAAGCCAAUCGCCAGACCGAUCUUAACGCCAGAAUACAGAACUUGUCCACGAUGUUAGCAACGUGUCAGAAACUUCUUGGGCAGAAUAAAUGAUCCGAUGAUCCGA